UAGGGUAUUCUGAGGAUAGAAAGCGUCGUCCAAACACAACAUAUUUUUCUUAGAUGUCCAAUAAGAGAGUUAGUUUCGAUGUUUCCUCCACGCCUCCAUGCAGACACAAAGAAUAAAACCGCAGUGCAGACUCGUGUGAUGAUCAUAUGACCGCCCGAGAUUCAACAUGGCUCGCCUGCUGGUGUUAUAUCUGUUUACUUUAUCCGGUGUUUUCGCCGGACGUUUUUUUAAUGAAAAUGAGCCCUGCUACAAACCCCAGCCGAAGAGAAACCUACAAGGAGUUAAGACUGGACCACGUCCUUAUGAAGCUAUGAAUAUAAAAGAGCUCCCCAAAGAGUGGGACUGGAGAAACAUCAACGGCGUCAACUACGUCAGCACCACACGCAACCAACACAUACCACAAUACUGCGGCUCCUGCUGGGCGCAUGGAAGUACUAGUGCUUUGGCAGAUCGUAUCAACAUAAAGAGGAAAGCAGCGUGGCCAUCAGCCUAUCUCUCUGUCCAGAACGUGAUUGACUGUGGCGACGCAGGUUCCUGCCAUGGUGGAGAUCAUUCUGGUGUUUGGGCAUAUGCACACGAUAAAGGAAUUCCUGAUGAAACCUGCAACAACUAUCAAGCCAAAGAUCAGGACUGUAACUUCUUCAAUCAGUGUGGAACCUGCACGACCUUUGGCGUGUGUAAUGUAGUAAAGAACUUCACUCUCUGGAAGGUCGGAGACUACGGCUCAGUCAGCGGCCUGGACAAAAUGAAAGCAGAGAUCUACAGUGGAGGACCCAUCAGCUGUGGCAUCAUGGCAACAGACAAGCUGGAUGCGUACACAGGUGGUUUGUACACUGAGUACGUACAGGAUCCCUAUAUAAACCACAUCGUAUCUGUAGCCGGUUGGGGCGUUGACGAGAGUGGAGUAGAGUACUGGGUCGUCCGUAAUUCUUGGGGAGAGCCAUGGGGAGAAAAAGGCUGGCUCAGAAUAGUCACCAGCGCAUACAAGGGCGGCACUGGGAACCAGUACAACCUCGCCAUCGAAGAUGACUGCAUGUAUGGAGACCCCAUCCUACCCAAAAACUACCGUUAGAUGGCUCUGAUGCUCUUUACAGAGAAAACGCAGUCUUAGAUUUGCCAAAAAUGAUUUUUGAUGCUACCUAAGAUUAAUUGCAGAGGUUUGGUUUUAAUCGUUUUUAAUCUCAGGAAUGUUCCAUCAGUAAUUUGUAUUGUAAUCCUGCAUUUGUAGGCCUCCUUUUUGAUGAUUUUCUACACUACUUAAAGAACGAAAAGGGAAAAGUAGUCCACCAUUGUUUUUUAUACAUAGGACAUUUAGCCUUUUUAGGAUGUUUCAAAUAAACCGAACUCGGGCCAAAUGGUCAUCUAAUGACCUUGUGUGCUGAAAAGGUUUUGGGAUUUGCAAUAUUGUAUUAAAAGCAAAAGUACAUCAUUUGUUUCUUUUUGAUUUUUGCUUUUAAUGCAUCUGUCAAACCAUGUCAACACGUGCAGCCAUGGAUCGGUCUAAUCAAUGUACUGUUUUUAAUCACAUUCUUCAAUAAAAGUCUUAUCAAGUCCUA